UGACCGGUGCGGCCGCCGCCCCCUUCCGUCCCACGCGGACGACCGAUUCGCGGCCCGCCCCCGGCCGCUGCCUCUCCUGUGUUAUCGCUGGCAUUGCUGCGUGCCCGUGUUUUUAGCCACUCGCGGGGUUGAUUUGGCUCGGGCCGGAGGGGAUUAUUCUCUCCAGAGGGCUCGUGAAGGCGGCCCGGAGGCUGCGUGUUCCCUGACUGAGGUGUAACAAGCACGAUGCCAAAGUCUCCUCAGGCAGGGUCUUCAGAGGACGGUGGAGCGUCGGUGGCGGCAGCGUCCCCUAACUCCGCCCCUCGGAAGGCCUACCGAGGGCUCGCCAGCCAAAUCGUCACUCACGAUGAAAUCGCUCAGGAGAUCAUGCACAGGUCCCUCAGGAAGAAUCCGCCGCCGAUUCAGUCAGAGGUCAAAGACGUUUUCUUCGCAAUGAAGCUCACCCAAAGACUGGCCAACAAACUCAGCCCUGCCGCAAAGGAUGGCGCCUUUAUGCCGCCUCCGAUGGUGAGUCACGAGCCACCCCCGCUGAUGCGGCUGGACCAGGAGACGACCUCCUCGCCGCACGUCCUCGUGUUGCCCAAGCGAAAGGCGUCAGUGGAGGCUCCGCCAGCGCCCGCGACGCCCCCGGCGCCGCCCAAGGCUGCUCCGAAGGCCGCGACGCCCGCCACCCCCAAGGCCGGCGGCACCCCGAAGGCCGCCUCUGGGGGCAGGAAGGGAUUUCGCUUCCAGAAGAACAUGGAUCCGGAAGUGGAACGCGAAUUGGCGCUGAAGCAGCUGAACGAGCUGCCGACCCUGAAGCGCAGCCGGCGGAAGACCAAGGAGGUGGUGGCGCCGCCGAGCAAGACGCAGGAGGCGUCCAUCCAGACCAGUGCCUUACAGCAUCCCCUGACCAACGGCGACGCGCUAAAGCUGGAGUCCAAACCGGAAGCAGAAAAAGCGGAGAGCGUGUGCAGUUCGGAAUCGAAAAAGCGGCGGUCGAUGCACCGCGAGCUGGACAUGCUGCUGGGUGACGAAGGCGCCGUCAACAUGAUCUACGAGGCGGAGCGCGGCCAGGAGCGGCGGAAAGCGCGGCCGCAGCGGCCCGACCUGUCGCUGAAGGCGCGACUCGUGAAGACGGCUGUGAUUCGCCUCAGCUCGGCGCCGGCUUCGCAAAGCCCCAGGGCGCGUCGCAAGACGGAGCCCACGCGCCCGCCCAUGGAGCCCCCCGCCCCGAAGGCAACUCCGAAACUCGAGCCGGCGUCCCCAAGGCCGACGGCCGAGGAGUCGAGGAUCAUCCGCAGACACUCGACUUCCUCCUCGGAUUCGGAUGUGUCGCCGAGUCCGCCGACCAAACGGAAGAACAUGCCGAUCUUCAUCAAGAAGGCCGAUAAGAGCCAGCCGAGGCCCAAAAAGACGCCUGCGAAUGUCUUUCCGGCAGUCAAGAAGUCCCAGAAGGCUCAGCCUAAGAUUGUCGAGUCUAAAAUACGAAUCCAGCUGAAAAAGAAGCCAGACCCGCGGAAGAAAAUGAGCGCCGCCGUCAAGCGCAGCCUCAAGACCGUCAUGGCCAAGAACUUCCAGCAGGGACUGGUGAAGAAGACUCAAAUCACUGCGCCUCUGAAGGCGAAAGUUAAGUCCGAGACUGAAGACGACCCGACGCUGCGGUCCCUUGAGGCAAAACUGGCAAUGAUGAUAGGCGAGGACCCUGCUCCUGAAAGUCCAAAGACUGCUGCUGGUUCGUCUUCAUCUACAACUGGCAAACCCUCGGGACUGAGCUCGAAGAGGAGCUCUACAGACGACAGUGGAAAACAGCGUUCAACGUUCCGCCAGAACGCUGGUGUAAUUUCUUGUAAAGAGCUGACAGUGCGUCGACAUCCGAAUUUUAUCCAAAUUAUCCUGAAUCCAAGCUCAACCAAGUUCAAAAACUCUUUCAACACUGCCGUUUUGAGAGAGUUGAAGAACAUCCUGGUGCAGCUGAAGAAAGACGAGUCGUGCAGGGUGCUGCUGCUCUCGUCCAACGGGCCGGCCUUUUGCCAAGGGGUCGACCUGCACUCGCUCAACGUUCUCACGCAAGAAAAGAGGAAAAAGGCUGCUCAAGAACUAGCCUUGGCAAUAAAAGAGUUCUCCAAAGCGAUGGCCGCCUUCUCAAAGCCCAUAGUGGCCGCCGUCAACGGCUCUGCCAUCGGCUUGGGGGUGGCAAUGCUGCCUCUGUGCGACUUAGUGCUUGCCUCAGACAAGGCCACUUUCUUCAUGCCAUACGCGGACCUUGGCCAGUCGCUUGAAGGAGGCGCUUCCAUUACGUUCCCUAGAUUAUCAGGAUCUCUGGCUAGUGACUUGUUGUACAGCGGCAGGAAAAUCACCUCGAUGGAGGCUGAGAGAAUCGGCCUGGUCACCAGAGUGGUUUGGCACGACAAUUACCUGGAGCAUCUGAUGCCAACUGUUCAAGAACUGGCCUCCAAGUCCUUACAGUCUUUGGAAUCAACGAAGAACCUGUUGCGAGAGAGUUUGCGUCGCGAGCUGGACAGUGUGCUUGAGGCCGAAGAGAAGCUGCAGGUGCAGCACUGGUGCUCGUCCGAGUUCCAGAAGAGCGUGCGCAAGUUCCUCGACACUGAGGGCCUGCACCUGCAGAAGGGCUCCUCCUAGACUGACUCAACCAAAUCGGCGACCAGAUUGUUUUUUUUUUUGUUUUUUUUUAAAGAGCCACACCCAAGCAUACAAAAGAAACCUAAAACGAUCAAGAAUCGCAAAUAAUACUGUACAAAAAAAAAGAAUAACACUCAACAAUCACUCCCGGGAAACUUAUCAAAUAUAAAUAUAUAUAUAUAGUAUACAGUCUCACUUCCGGUCGCGUGUCACAAAGCUUUUUUGCAUUUUUCCAGUUUUGCCAAAAAGUAGGGCCGGAAGGGGUGAGGGGAGUUGUUUCCCCUGUAAAUAUGUAAUUCUGGUCUGUUGUGCGUUUGAGCGCAGAUCGCAAUUAGUAUACCAUAUAUAUAAACAAAGAUUGAAAUGUGUACAGUUUACUUUUAGAAGAAAAACGAUUAUGAAAAUCACUGUUAACGUAAAUGGAGCACCCUCGCACUUUUUGGAAGGUUCUGUUAUAUUGAUUGUUCAGAGAAGCAAAUUGUUUACUUUUCCCAUUUUCUGGGGAAUACACACGCAUAUCGUUGUGAAUUAUUAUUAUGCAUCCGAGAGAAACGUGAAACAUUUCGUCGUUGUCACUAAAAGAGGGUAGUCCCAUCCCCCAUGCCUUUUGUUGCACUCUACGCGUGGUGUUGUGAGGGCAGGAUUAUGCACCAUCAUCAUCAAACUAUGUAUUUUAAUCGAAAAAGUCUGAUAGGAUUUUCGACGCUCUUCUUUCUUUGUACACUGGGACGUGCAUAAUUGUUCAAUUACCGGUUUAUUUAGCUAGACUUCUCGAAGGGAAUUCGAUUUAUCUGUCGCGAAUUAGGAUCUUUUUUUCAACGCUAAGGAUAUCAAAUUUGAUUUUCCUUUUUGAGGCUGAACAGGUUGUGUUUGGCCAAAAUGGUGUUGCGGUUCAACCAAAAUCCUCUGGAUGUUGCUGGCGCUCUUCUUUUUAAUUAGUCUUUUUUUCGCUUGAUAUGUUCUUUUCCACUGUCGAUUAAAAUAAAUAGCUCUUACUCAAAGACCAAAA